AGAGAGAGAGACGUGAAGAAUGAAAUCUAUCUCUGUUUAUCUGCAGUAUGACUUUUAUGUAACAGUUUAUUAGAUUACAUUUCAUAUAAAAGCCCUCUUUCUUUUUCCCAACAUCUCUCUCUCUCUCUCUGCUCUGUUUUGUGUUACUCUACUGCAGCCUCCAAAGAGAUACCGAAAUCUGCUGACAUCAUUGUCCAAGACCCACUUGCCGAAAGGAAGAGCAGGAGGGAAGGCAAGAGAGGGAGGAGGAGAGAGAGCAUCAGACUGGGGCGGGCGCUCUCGCAAUCAGAGAGAAUGCUGCAUCUCACGCUCAGAUUUCCCAUGCUGUAACCAGUGUGGCUCUGCAGCUCUCUCUCUCUCUCUCUCUCUCUCUCACUCUCACUGACGUAAACGCACACGCACUGAGCACGGAUCCUCUUGUAUUUUCACUGGACGGCAUCUUUGCACUGAGCAGGCAGCAGCCAACACUAAUUUUCUCUCUCCUGCGUUCGCUGGCUACUCUCAUCUGAAGCCUGUAUUUAGGGAGUGCGUCAGAGGCUGUGGCACACGGAUAUGCCUGGUGAAACUGCUCAUCGCAGCGGCCCAUCACAGGGCCAGCUGGACUCUGGAGACUCACAAUCAGAGCUACCAGGAUUAGAUCUAUCUGGUCAAACAUCCAGCUCUUCAUCCUCAACUCCAACUGACAGUGUCUCCAGUCCUUCUCCCAGCAGCCCUCCCAAACUGUCCCCAUUAUAUACUCCAUUUGGCCCCCGUCUAGUAAUGGCCAAACCCACCACUUCUCCUCGUCCACAGCCUGAAGGUGCAAGUUUUGAACUGGAAGGGCGGUCUGGAACUAUCAUCCGACCAACGGGGCGAUUUGGUAAAGGAGCCUGUAGAAGAGGUCCUAUGAAAAUGGAACGGAUUAAAGUCUUAACUGGAGAAGAAAUAGAGAGUGACUGUCAGGAGCCAGAGACCAUGGACUCAAGGGUAGUAAUGGGGCAAGAAGCUCUACUAAGAAACAUGGAGACACAGAGUGGAAUGCUGCUAGGAAAACAGAUAGGCCAAGAAAAACCUAUUUCAGGACACCAGCUCUCAGAACGUUUUAAGAAAAGUCAGGUGGAGCUGGAUGAGAAAGAAAAACUAGACACUGGUCAGGUGAAUCCCAUUGUGGACCAGGGUAUGAGUUUAACUUCAACCCCAGAACAGGAGAGAACCAUAGGUCAGUUAUUUGAAUGUCCAGUCCUUGAGUCCAAAGAGAAAGAUGGUGAACUGACAGAGAGCAGUACUUUUUUCCCAGACAAUGAGGGAGAGCCGCUGUCUUUAUCUCAAGGUAAAGUGCCUUCCUUGUCAUUUUCCGAGCCUCCCUUUGUUGUUGACCCACGACGCAUUGGUGUUCUUCCAGGUGUGGAUUCUGAUCAAUACUAUACAGCCCCUUCCACUCCCAUUAAGAUGGCUUACUGCUCACAUCUCAAGCAACAAUGGUGCUCAGGGAGCCCGAGCCAAAGUCCUGGUUCCCCAGCUGAUGAGUCCGAUCUGUGCUCCCCUCCUACCUCUCCCUCUGGCUCCUACAUCACGGCUGAGGGAGGCAGCUGGACCUCAUACACCUCCAGCACCUCUCACUCCUGCUCCCCAAAUUUAACAGCUGAGGCAGAGUUGCAAGAGGCUCCAGCUUGCUACGUGGGGUCCCUGUCAGAGAUCGGUGAUGAGUUUGGAGAGGAGCGAAUCGGAACUGAGAAGGAUUCUUGCAUGUCAAAACCUGAUAUGUCAGAGUUGCUUGAAGAUGUGGUCUGUGAGGUGGAUAUGCUAACAAGGGACACCUGUAAGCCUCGUUGGGUGAUGGAACAGGCUUCCACACAUGAGAGCAGGAUAAACACAGACUGCCAGGAAGAGACCGAAGUGUCUGAGGACUCUCAAGGGCAAAUAGAUUUCCAGAGAGCCCCUGGUGUAACCCAUGCUUUUAAUGAUCCACAUCAUAGUCUGGAACUGGAUGUCCAUGCCUGUGUGUCAGAGCCAUUUGCAAGCCUGGAUCCCCCUCUAACACCAGAGGAGAAUCCAACUUCUUUUCUCCUCAAUCAGAGGCUGACAACAGUGCCUACCUCACAUGACACAGGGAGCAAAACUCCUGUUGAAUGCUCUUCAGAGAUCGGAGACAUAGGCCAUAACAGUUUAUAUCUUGAGAUUGGAUCCUCAGCUCCACUGUUUCAUGGCUACUCCAGAGAAGAUGGACCCGGGGGAGAUGUAAUGAUUCCUGCCUCCAUGUUGCCUUUCCACGGAAGCUUGAUAUUCCAGGCUGAUUCCAUGGAGAUAACACUGUUUCCUACAGAUGAUGAGCAAGGGAACGAUGUAGAUGCAUAUGCUGCUGGAGAGGAGGAAGCAGAUGUAGAGGAGUGUGAUGAGGAGGAGGACGAAGAUAAUGGUGUUGAUGAUGAUGAUAAAGAUGUGGAUCACAACAACGAUGCACAACAGCAAGAGGCAGAUUGGAGGGGUGGAAGGGGUAUUGAAGACCCAAUUGAGGAUGACACCUCAGCAUCGUUCCUAAAUUCACUUUCAGAGAACUCGAUAAAUGAGGGAGUAGAUGAGUCCUUUGCUUAUCAGGAUGACACAGAGGAGUCUAUUGAUUCCACUUCUUUUAACGGGGAUGACGAUGACCACCUGUAUAGCACAGAGAAGCAUGCUGAACUUGCCCAACAUUUUCCUGGGCCAGAUGAACCUGUGCAGUCAGUGAGCCAUGCCAAAUCAGAAUCCUCAGGCAGAGAGAGUGAAAUGGAGAUAUCCUCUGGAUCAUCUGAGCCUCCAAAUGUAGAAUCACAGGAAAAUCUACCAGAAUGCAAUGCGCAUGAUGAAAGCAUAAUCACACCACAAAUCUCAGAAACAAAGGGUGAGCUUGCAGAAGGAUUAACUGUAAAUAUUGAAAUAAUAGAGCAGGAAGGCCAACAAAGAACAGAUCCCUCAAAAGUCACAGUAACUGAAGAGAAAGGACAGCAGAUCAUCACCAAUGAUCCAACAUCAGUUGAUCAAGACAAAGACAUAGGAAAAUAUAGUCAAAUUGACUCCUGUGUGGAAGGUGCCACAGCCGCUGACAUAUGCUACGAGACUAAUGUAGACGAUAACCAGGAACUGGAUACGAAAAAUGGAAAUAGCAUGGAAUUGAUUGACACAUCAGUGCAGCUGGCUGAAAUGGCAACCAAUGACCUAAAUAAGGGAGACCCCCACCUAACAUACCUUGAUGACUGCAGCCCCACAAACAUUCCUGUCUGUGCCUAUCCUGAACUGUCUGAUGUACCAGAUAACUUAACUCCAGCUGAUGUUCUACCAUUUGAACGUUCCAUGAAUCAAGAAAAUCUUACAGACAAUCAGCAUGGCAAUGAUGAUAUAAACCACAGCUCUUCAAAUAUGUCUUGCUCCACUUACAGCAGACUUGUCAUUUCACCAAAGAAAGAGAACUCUGACAUGGCAGAAAAUGAAUUUUACUCUGAGGGUUGGACACCAAGGAACCCCUUGUCUUUAGGUGAAUGCUGUGACUUUGAGGCUGAAAAUCUGCUAAUGUGUGCGAUAGCCAGAUCAGUGCACAGUAAGGGUUUGUCUGUUGCUCAUAACAUUGCUGCUGGAGAAGACAUCAUGGGUGACAGUGAGGACAACAAUAGAUACUGUGACCUCCAUGAGAAGAUGGCAGACACUGAAGUUGCCAUGGUUGAGUCAAACAUUGCCAGUUGGAGAUCCAUUCAGGAUCUUUCAGAGGCAGGAGGGGGUGAGGAUGAUGCAAAUAACCUUCAAAAUCCAGAGAGCAAUCCACUCAUACAUUGCAGUUCUGAUAAGGGUCUGAUGACAUCAUGGAAUGAUCCCAAAAAUACUUGCACACCCCUAAUUUUGGGUGCUCCAUCAAAACUUACGUUGAAUGUGCUUUCAGAUGAUGGGAGAGAUGUGAAAGAUACGACUCCAAACACAGACUUUAACAUUCCAGAGAAUUUGUCUUCAGACACAUUUAGGGAUGGAAGUGCUGAAAUAAUUUCUAAACUGAUGUCUCAGGAUCACAAAUCUUGUCUAGAACCUGACAAGGUCCCUGUUUCAACAUCGACCAUUUCCCGUGAACAAAGUGGAUUUACUACAAAUACAUUGAAUUCAAACCAAUCAGACAAUCUUGGUCCAGCUUCAAAUCAGUAUCAUUCGAACUCUCAACAACUUAGUAGAACAAACACUGUCUCAGAAGACAAGCUCACAUUUAACUUGCAAGGGGGAUCAUUUGGCAAUUUUACACUCAGAAAGAAAUCAACCAAUGUAAAGAUGGUUGGCACCUCAGAAGCAACACUCCAACAAAUAUCUAAGGCACAUAAAGAGAAAACUUCAGAUUUUGAAGAUGGGGCUCCAAAUGAAACAGUAGGGCAGGAAGUAAGGCAAGUGGAGGCAAACAUCAAAAAUGAAAAUUUAAAUGAUGAAGCUAAAACAACUGUCAGACAACUCCAAGACCAGAAGACUACAGCUGGCUCUCAGGUUCAGAAGACUGGUGAAUUUGUCACACAUGAGGGAAACAAUGACAAGGGAUCGAAAAUAUGUCUAAAGAGAGAGGCACAAGAGUUUAAAGAGAAAAUUCAAUUUCUGGAGAGCAACACAAAGCUUAAUGAUAAAGGUUCACAUAAAUCAGCUCUUAUUGAUGAGAAAGAUGAGGCAACACCAGAAACAGUGCAAAAUGCUAAUUCAAGUCAAGCCACACCAAAGGUAAUUGAUGCCCUUGAAACCAACCUUGCCGUUUCAAUCUCGAAGGAUAAAGAAAAGAUCCAGUCCCAAAAGAGGGAAAUGAAGGCUACAGCUAAUCAAGCAUCAAGCUCUGAUGUGCUUUCAUUGAGAGAGGUUUUUGCUGAAACGCUGCAAAAAAAGGAUGUCUCUAUAGCAGGGAACACUGAACCUUUUCAAACACCAGAAGAAUCAAUUUUCCACUCCCCUGACUCUAGAUCUAUUGAUCAAACAGUUUCUGUUUGUACAGAGUCAGUGGUUGUAACUCCGAUAACAGACCUUACAAGGUAUGGUGGGCACAAAGAACUUUCCAACAGUAUAGUAGGUUUAACAGAAACCACAAGAGACAUCACAGAACAAGACAGGGUCUCUCCCAGAUGUACAUCCACAGUUGUCCAGGAGAAGGACCUCUCUACCCCCAUACAGGAGUCACAGCCCACACAUGACAUCUCCCAAACAUCUGCUCUCUCUUCGCAUACUCAACUAGCUCCAGAUGACAAACCCAGCCCACCUGACUUUCAAAGUUCCCUUAAAUCCACUGGAGUUAGCACUAUGGAAUUAGAAGCAUGGGAAUCAGAGGAACAAACACCAAUUUUGCUUCCUAUUCAAGACACAUGCCAUCAUGAGAGUGAGAGAUCGGUCAUGAUGCCAAAGCCAUGCAGACAUGAGAACCCUCCAGUAUGUAAAGGACACCGAACAGAACAGGCCCAGUCCACAACAUCCAUUAGACAAAAAGACAGUACCCAUGCCCAAAGGUCAUUGAAUCAGUCAGGUGAAAGAGAGACCCUACCUCACAUCAGUCCAAGACCAGGCUCCUUGGUAAAAUCUCAAACACAAGCAGAGCGGCAAAACAUAGAACGAGAUGUGUGCCCAAAUAGCUACCGAUCAAAAAGCCCAGAGGAUGUGGAUCUUCCCUUCAAAAAGAACAGUUCUGGUAAUGAAACAGAUAGUGAUGGUUCAGUGCCUGAGCUAGAGGAACCUAUUGGAACAUUGCUGAGACCCUCAAACCCACAGUUACCAGACUCUCCUGCUGAUGAUUCAGUGAGCAGAGCUAAACAGAGUCGAAGUGAGAAGAAAGCACGAAAGGCAAUGUCAAAGCUUGGCCUGAAACAGAUCCAUGGAGUGACACGUAUCACCAUUCGGAAGUCCAAGAACAUUCUCUUUGUUAUUACACGCCCAGAUGUUUUCAAAAGUCCUGCAUCAGAUAUUUACAUAGUCUUCGGAGAGGCCAAGAUCGAAGACCUUUCACAGCAGGUACACAAGGCAGCGGCGGAGAAAUUUAAGAUUCCCCUUGACCCCUCACCUCUGCUAUCAGACAUCACACCCACCCUGACCAUAAAGGAACAGAGUGAAGAAGAAGAGGAGCUGGAUGAGGGUGGGCUGGAGCAGAGAGAUAUCGAGCUGGUAAUGGCGCAGGCCAAUGUGUCUCGGGCUAAAGCUGUCCGUGCGCUGCGUCACAAUAAGAAUGACAUUGUCAACGCCAUCAUGGAGCUGACUAUGUAAGAGAAGAAAAAAAGACAUCUUCCCUGCCUUUUGCGUGUUUCCCCAAGUAAUGCUGCUAUAUUGCACUGCCCAAACUCCUGCUGAAAUAAAUCUCUUAAAACUA